AUGCCUCCAAACAAAUCAACAACAGCAAAACUGUUCACUAGCCUCUGUUUCUUUCUCUCCUCUUCGAUACCAAAGAAUGAAAAAGAAAAAUUAAUUAAAUCAAUAGAAAAACAUGAUGGAACAAUUUCGAAUGAUUUAGAUACUAAUGGAAUUACUCAUAUUAUAUCUGUGGAGAUGGAAACCAAUUCCGAAAAUGAAAAUAUUGAUACAUUGAAUAGUUCUCAAGUUAAAAAUCCAGACCGAUUCAUCAUAAGUCCUCAAUUUGUCUACACUUCAAUCAAGGAGAAUAAGUUGUGUGAUGAGGAAAAUUUUCUACUCUGCUAUCCCUUUGUAUUUUAUAAUCUUGUUUUUACUUGUACGAGAAAGAUUUCCAAUAUUGCAAGUGUAGCUUUCAUGGUUACUUUCCUUGGAGGAAAGUUUUUAGAACAACAAGAGGAAGAAAAAAUUACUCACAUUAUCACAACAUCGGAUGAUACUGAAACAGUUGCUCCAUCAUCAUCAUCAGAUCAUGUCAUUAUUGUAUCUUUUGAGUGGUUGAAAUUAUGCUUUUCAAAGAGAAUAUAUUUGGAUGAAAAGAAUUAUUUGGUGGGCAAAAAUCAAGGAAAAUACAUUAGUAUUCAUCAAGCAAAAACUCUCUUCCAAAGUUUAACAUUCUACAUUGUAAAUUAUCCUCCAGAAUUUAUAAGUAUUUUACAGAGGGAAAUUUGCUCAAACGGAGGAAAGGUCUUACAGAGCAGGUUGUUAAAAGAUAAUGUCAAGAUUGAUUAUUUAAUUACCAGAUAUGCAUGUAAUGAACCAUAUACAUUAAAAAAUGUAGAAAAUAUAACAACAGCUCAGUGGAUUGACGACUCAUUGAGGGAAUCUAGAUUGAUUCCAAUAAGUGAAAAGAUAAUUUAUAGACCUUUGAAAUCAAAUAAUUUUAUCAAGGGAUUUGAAAAUAAGAAAAUUUCCAUUACAGGAUUUGAAGGAGCUGAGAGAUCAGACAUGAUUUAUCUCAUAAAACAAACAGGAGCUAUCUAUACAGGAGAUUUAAAUAAGCAAAAUGAUUUUCUCAUUGUGAAAUCAUUUGAUUUGGUUUCUAAAAAGAUUGAAAAGGCUAAAACAUGGGAAUUAACCAUUCUUUCUCCUGAUUUCAUUUUUGAUUCUAUUAGUCAUUGGAGAAUGAUGAAUACAGGUUUAUACACACUCGAAACUGCAACAACAUCAUUAGAUAAGAAGAGAAAAUUACCACAAGAGGAUAAGGUUCCUGAAAAACCUCCUCAGCAGAAAAAGAAGGUAAAGAAGGAGAGAGUCUUUAAAUUAUCACUUCAUCCAUCAGAGGAAGAGGAAAUCAUAGAAAAAAUAGAAAAUUUAGGUGCUAAAGUCUGCAGUACUGCCGUUGACACUCACCUCAUCAUUAGUGAAAUUAAGAGAACUCACAAAUUCAUGACAUCAUGUGCUAAAGGAAGUUGGGUUCUCAAACCAAGCUAUAUUAAGGACUCUGUUGGGAACAAUGAGUUUUUGGAUGAAAAAAAUUACGAGUGGUUUUCAGAUGAAUUCACAACAAAGGGAAUAUGGAUGGGAGUUGGACGUAAGUGGAGACAAUUCAGGGAAGAACAUGGACACGGUCCAUUCAAAGGAUGGAUUGUGUAUAUCCACCUGUUAGAGUUAUCAGGACCUCCAAGAGAAUUAUUUCAGGAUGUUAUCACAGCUGGUGAUGGUAUUGUUAGUGAAACUCUGGAUUCAAAUGUCACUCUUGCAAUACUGGACGACGACGUUAAGGCAACACAUGACUCUGAGACAAGAACAAUUUCCGAAUUGAAAAUUCCAGCAGUGAAGGGUGCAUUCCUUUUAGAUUAUUUCACAUUGAAGCAAACUCCGAAUAAAGAGAAUUAUGUUGUGUUUUAA